AGACCCACACAUAGACUGCAGUGAAUGGUACACACAAUGUGCCAUCCUCACUCAAUACUGUGCAUGCUCAUCAUCAUGCGUUUGUUUGGAAAUUCCCUGAAUUGUGUCCUAACCUUGGGGACAACAUACUCCUGAUUCGACUGGAUUACAUUUGGGUAUAAUCCUGGGAGGAAGGAUAGGAUGGAGUUAAUAACGACUAAGAAGACUAAGCCAAAGAACCUGUGGUGGUUUAUUUUGGAUUGAGACUUUACGACAUAUCACCAGGAGCAGACAUGGAGAACGGGUUCACCACCAGCUCAGCCCUGCACAGUACCCGUCAGCAGUUCCGUCAGAAGUUUCUGGCCUGCCCACGCUGCAAUCAGCCCUACGAUGACCAGACUAGGGUUCCCAAGAGCCUGCCCUGCCUUCACACCCUCUGCAUCCACUGCCUGUCGUCGUUUGUCAAUGGCAAGACAGAGUUCCCUUGCCCUCUCUGCCGGGUGUCUACCCGGAUCCCUCCUAGCGGGAUGUCCGCCUUCCCGACCAACUUCAACGUCAAGAAGCUCCGGGAGUAUCUGGCCAUGGAUGAGAUCCCGGACAGCAAGUUCGGCAGCGCUUUUGUCUGCGAGGGCUGCGACAAACACGAGAGGGCGCUGGUCUGCUGCGCUAACUGUAUCCGUUACCUGUGCCGGGAGUGCGUGAUCUCGCAUCAGUAUGCCAACGGCUUUCAUGACCACCAUGUCAAUGUCUUGAUGGAUCUUACUGACGAUCAGGAAGCAGAGCUUCAGCGUCGCCGCCUGUUCUGCUCAAUCCACAACCGGCAGGCGCUGACCCUGUUCUGUGAGAAGUGCAAGGUUGCCGUCUGCCAGGUGUGCUCCAAUCUGUCUCACAUCGAUAACGGUCACCGUCUGGUAGACCUGGGAUCUGUGAUUGACGACCAGAGGCGGGAGCUGGGUCACCUGAUGGGGAAGUGUCUGAUGCAGCAGAGACCCUUGGAGACACUCCUAGGGAACAUCAUCACAGAGAUGGGCAAGCUGACAGCCAACGCCAAAGUCACAGAGAAGGGCAUCCGGGACUCCUUUGCCGAGCGGAGGAGAGACUUGGAGAAGCGCGAGCAGGAGCUGAUCAAGGCGACGUGGACUGUCCACGACAAGAUGGCAUCUACCUUAAAGGAUCAGAAGGAUGCAGCUGAGACCACUCUGGCAGCCAUCAUGGCCACGGGGGAGUUCACGGAGACAGCCAUCUUGAAUCGGAACCCAGUUGAGACAGCUCGAGCGUGGCAGAAGCUCAAGCCAACCCUGACUGCGAUUAACAAUCGUGUCUUCUACUCCAAACCCGUCGCCAACAGUCUCAUCGAGUUCCGCCAUCAACACAAUGCAGCUGAGAUGCAGUACAAGCUCAGCCUGAGAGACCUGGGCAAGAUCUACACAAACGACGUGGCUCCCUUUCAGACUGAACUGAAAGUCUACCCUGCUUUUGUGAACCAGGAGUGCAAAUUGAGCCUCGUGACGGUGAACCUUGAUGGGGAGAAGAGUACCCAGGGUGGCGCCCUUGUGCAGGCGGAGCUAAAAUCGCCAGAGGGUAACCCAAUGACCUGUGACCUCCAAGACAAUAUGGAUGGCAGCUAUCACAUUGUGUACUCUCCUACCAUUGCAGGGUACCACGAAAUGCUGGUAUCUGUGUCCAGGGAACCAGUGCAUGAUGAACCAAUCAGAAUCCUCGCUUUAGAGCUGCACACCGAUAUUCAAUCGGGUAUUGUUGGUGAGGAGUGUUUGAUUCGCUUGCAUGCAACUGACGGCAAGGGUAUUCCCGAAUCCCUUCCCAAAGAUAUGAACAUUGAUAUCUGUUUGAAAGACCCAAUGUCCUAUGAAACAGAAACUGAGGAUGCAUUUGCAGCUGAUGGAUCCUACAAGAUCAAGUUCCAUCCAAGAAUCGUUGGAGACCACUAUCUGACCAUCUCCCUAGAUGGUACGCCUCUAAGAGGUCCCUCACUCGUUGUCUCUGUGCACAAGGUCAUCGAAUGCAUCUCCAAGGAUGAGGAAAUCCUUCUGGAGGAUGUAUCCGGCAUAGCCAUAUGUUCCAAGGGAAACAUCUAUCUUGCAGACACCUUCAAGAACCAAGAAAUCGUCAAACUGGAUGGGGAUGGAAUGUUCUUGGACACGUUCAAUGUGUCUUACAAAAACUACGCCCUGCUGACCAUUGAUCCAGAAGACAAGCUGACCCUGUUCUUCAUGAAUCGCAAGUGCGUCUCGACGUACGGCACGGACGGGAAGUUUGUCCGCCGCUUUCAGGCCGGCGAAGUCAAGAACGUGACGAGCCUGGCUGUCAACUCCCGCAGUGACACCCUCCUCUUGGACUGCGUGGAGUGCUGCGUCUUCUUGUUUGACGAGAAAGGCUUCCUGAUCCAGAAGAUCGGCAACCAGGGCUGCGGGAGGGGACAGCUCAACUUCCCCAUCAGCCUCUGCGUGGACAAGUUCAGCAACAUGUACAUCAGUGACAAGGGGAACCAGUGCGUGGUCCGGGUCAACCCAGACGGCAAGUACCUGAAGCAGUUUGGCGACCGCGACACCCUCAUGCAUCCGGGCUCCGUUUGCGUGACCAAGGACGGGUACCUCCUUGUCCACGAUGAGAAGCUUGCGCAAGUCGUCCAUGUCUUCAGCCACCGCUCCAACGACAUCGUCCGCUCGGUGGAGGUGCACGGCAUCGUGGGAUUCCAAGAGGCGAUGGCGAUCACUACAGAUGGAUGCUUCGUCAAGGUUGACCAUAAGGGGAACUGCCUCCGGAAGUACAGCUUCAAAUGAGGAACCCGCCCGUAAAAUGGACAAGGUAAUCAAUCACGAAUACAUGACGGCAGCUUUCAAUGGAAGUUUGAGUCAUUACCACUGCAUGUGUUUCGGUAACGGGUUUCGUGAAAUAUAUCUUUUUGCAAAGUGCAUUACUGUAAAAAAUAUAGAAAUUGUGUUUUGUAAUUGUUGUCAGUAACACGUGUGCAUUCUUUGUUCAUGUCAAUUAUUGCAAAAAAAGUUAAAAGUAAAAUAAUUGUGUAAAUAUCAUGUACAAUACAUGUAUGUGUAAAAAAAAAUAAUAAUAAUGACAGCUCUUCCAAAUUAUGCCAAAAAGUGAUUUUGUUUUUUGAAGUGCAUUAAACUUUGUUAUUAUGAACAUAUUAAUUUUAUAAUAAUAAUAAACCAUGCUUAAAAGUGCAUUUCACACAAGGUCCCCAUGCGCUGUACACAAGUCAUUAUUACCCCUGAUCAUUGGGCCAAUAAAACAUUCCAAAUACCAUCUCAGCUCCCUGCGGAGUAUACAGCAAAAUGCUGCCAAUUCGGCGCAAAGCAGCUAGAAUCAACCACAAUAACCAUCUCUGCCCUCACAGGUACCCAUUUACUCCUGGGUGGGGAGAAGCAUUGAAUGACAAAGUGCCUUGCCCAAGGGCACACGUAUCAUAGCCCCAGGCUGGACUCGAACCCAAGACCUGGAGAAUUUAACGCAACUACUGUUUUAGAUAAAGAAAAAUCGAUUCACAUGACUCAUGGCCAUACCAGCAAGUACAACUUUUGUAAUACAGACGUUGUACAGUGUACAUGUCGCAGCAGACAAAAUUAUUUGCAUGUACAUGUACAUGUAGCAUAUUUGGAAGCUGGACUGCAUGAAUAUGCUUAGGUAGUUAAUGAUCCGUGUCCAGAACAGAGCGCUUGGAUUAUCGAGGGUGAUACCUGAAAAUACUGUUUAUGUACAUAGUGUCACAUACAUCAUGCUCUAGCUAUGGAGCAAAGUGCUUACAUUACCUCAGACAAAUUUGACAAUGAAAUAAAAUUUAUUAUUAGGGCUCUAGGUCCCAAGAGCUAUUGCUGAGGGGAUUUUUACAACCCUUGCACAAUGGAAAUACAUAGAAAUAUUAACCAGCUGUUCAAUAACAUCAUGUCUAUAUUUAGAUCUCAGUGUAUAAGAGCAGGGAAUGCUCAUUCUAUUACGUACGUAACUACCAAACUAUCGUAACUAAAACAAAUGUUUUUCUCCUGAAUUUGUAGAGAAAUUUAAUUUGCCUCAUUAUUGUGUCAAAAUUACAAGUCAAAUGUUGGUUGUGUACAUUAUAUCAAAUUUUAUGAAAUAUAAUGUUGAGCUGUAAAUUUGUUUACAACAAAAAAGAUGAAGACUUUGCAAAUGAUUAAAAUGUCAUGAUAUAAAACCUAGUUGAUUCAUGACACUGAUUGAAAAUUGGGUAAGUCCAUAACAAGAUACAACAAAUGUUGAAUUUUUUUUUUUUUUUUACCAUUACAUUUAACCAAGCAUUUGAUACAUCAUGUAUUGCUGCCCAAAUUUAGGGAGUCUGUGCACUGACAGUGGCCAAACUCUCAAGUAAAAUAUUAGCAAAUGUAACAAGUUUUAGUGUACAUAUUGCGCAGAGCACACAAAUUAUUUACAUGACUUGCAUCUUCACUUGGGAGCCAAGCACAGCGACAGUGACAUGCAGGAAUAUGUAUUAUCAUUCUUUUUGUCAUUGAUGAAAGGAUAGUAGUUAUGCACUGUAUAUACAUGUAUCCAUAUGGCACCAAAACAAUUUUUCAGUAAAUAUAUACUUUCAUUGUGUAUUGUUCACUGUAAACAUAUUUAUGAAUAUAAUUUCUAAGUCUGUGCAACUUGUACAUAUUCGUUGUGAAAUACAAGGCUAACGUGUGGCUUAUGCGGAAAUCUGAUGAUAAGCAAUAUUUAUUUUUUUCUAAUGUUCGCUCUUGCGUAUAUAUAUACUCUAACAUUACAUGUAUUUUUGUAUUUCUCCCACUUAUUGGAUUAUAGUGUACAAAAAAUCCAACUCGUACUGGAAAUAGCAAAACUGUGUUAUUCUGUGUAUAUAUUUCUGUAGCGUUCUCUGUUGAUUUUAAAGGUAGAAUGGGUCAUUUGUCACUGUGCAUUUUUUUCGUUUGAAGCAACAAAACUGCUCAAAAUCUAAAGACGGGUGUCUCACAACUAACCUGAUUAAGUUUUAGCUCUGUGAAUGCUGUACAUUUCGAGAAAACACAAAUAUUUUUGAUUUCGAUUUCAAUUCCAAAAGUUGCCACGUCAUUUUUUGAACUGGCCCUCUGGUGACAAAAUCCUGAAAUCUACGUUCAGGACAUGAUUCUCAUUCAGCCGAUCGAGGCUAUGUGAUGUAACACACUGAACUGCGCGUGCAUGUGCACUGUGUCAACAUUUGCACCUAUUCAUGGAUUCGCCAAAUUACAAACCAACUACA